AUGAGUGUAUCAAGACUUGUAUCCUCAGUUUGUAAAAAAAUAAUCAAACCAUAUUCAUCCACUCCAAUUUCACUUGGUUGUCACAAACUCUCUUAUCUGGAUCAAAUGAUUGGUGGCAUUUAUAUCCCUUUUGCCUUAUUUUACCCUAAAUUGAGUAACACAUGGUCAAGUAAUAUUAUAUCUGACCAUCUUGAAAAAUCCCUUUCAAAAGUUUUGACCAAUUAUUAUCCAUUGGCAGGGAAAUUGAAUGGCAAUGUUUCUGUUGAUUGUAAUGAUCAUGGAGUUGAAUUCUUCACUACAAAAAUAGAUUGUCCAAUGUCUGAAAUUCUCAACAAUCCUUAUUCUGAUAAAGAUAAUUUAGUCUAUCCGAAAGGAGUCCUUGGAGCGUAUUCAUACAAGGGUAGUCUUGCGGUGUUUCAACUUACUCACUUCAAUUGUGGUGGAAUAGCGGUCAGUAUAUGUUUGGCACAUAAGGUUGGGGAUGGAUACACAUUAGGCAACUUCAUGAACCAUUGGGCUAGUAUAGCGUGUAAUCCAAUGAGUUUAGAAACAUAUCACAUAAGUUCUAAAUUUUAUGGGGCGUAUUAUUUUCCACCAACACAAGAUGACGAUUUGUCAAUUGUAUCCAAUAACAAUAUCGUGCCAGAAAGAGAAGAAUGUAUAGCCAAAACUUUUUCUUGCUCAUCUUCUAAAUUAUCUGCGCUGAAAACUAGGGUUAUCAAUCAAUCAGAAGUACAAAAUCUGACUGACACAGAAGUUGUGACAGCAUUCAUUUACCAACGCGUAUGUAAAUUGGCAGAAUGA